UGUCUCUACAACAGCCCCAAAAUCACUCCCCCCCAGACAAACGUGUACGAAAAAGCCAUCACCAUUUCGUCGAUUGCGAUUAAACGCAGGCCAACGCUGCCGCAAACGCCAGCGAGUGCCCCACAGGUGUUGUCACCCAAACGACAGUGUGCCGCAGCCGUUUCGGUAAUACCAGCAAACGCCGCCGGUAAUCCAGCUGCUGCUGCCCAAUUAGCACCCCAAUUGCAAUACGCCACCUCACCAGCCACCGCCGCCGCCGUUGCCCUUAAAGCCGGUCACCACCACCAAUUGGCCUAUAAUACCGCUGCCGCUGCACAAUUGGCUGCCACAGCUGCCAUAAACGCACAUUCGCACUCACAUCACAGCGCCGCUGCCGCCGCCGCCCAACAGCAAGCAGCUGCUGCAGUAGCUGCGGCCGCUGCCGCUGCCCAUCAACGUAAUAUCGCUGCUGUUGCUGCCCAACACAUAAGUCCGGCUACAGCCGCUGCCCUAUUGAAUCAUCACCAGUUUGGUCAGGGGGCCGCACACGCUCAUCCCCAACAACAGGCCGCUGCAGCUGCCGCGGCUGCAGCAGCUGCUGCCCAUCAGCAACAUUUGGUGUUGCAGCACCAACAGAAUAUCUAUCAACAUCAGCAGCAACAACACCAACAACAGCAACAGCAACAACAACAACAGCAGCAGCACCAGCAACAACUAAGACAUUACAAUCACCACAAUCAUCACAGCAGCAAUCAUCAGCAGCAGCAACAACAACAGCAAAUAAUCGCGGUGACAACACCUAGCACAAAUCAUCAGCAGCAGCAACAACAACAGCAACAGACUCCCCAACAACAACAUCAAAGUAUUUCUACCACAACCUCGUCAGCUUCUACAUCACCCAACAGCAACCACAACAGCAACAACAACAACAACAACUCGUCAACAGUCUACUCAUCAGCGUCGAAUACCUUAACCGUCAACACUUCGCUACAUUCCAACGACUCCAAUACAUCGGCAUCCUCCUCCAGUACCACAACUCCAACACCAGCCGUUGCCUCAACGGCCACCACAGCCACCAGCACAUCCUCAUUGGUGGGCAAUAGUGACAGCAUAACAACAACUGUCAACACUAACAACACCGGCUCGAACACCAACUCCAACACCAGCACCAGCAGCACCAACACAGGAACAACCAUGGAAAACCAAAUGGCAUUGGCACCUCUGGGAUUAUCACAAAGCAUGGAUUCCGUAAAUACUGCAAGCAAUGAAGAAGAGGUUCGCACCCUUUUCGUCAGUGGUUUGCCCAUGGAUGCAAAACCACGUGAACUGUAUUUGUUAUUCAGAGCUUAUGAGGGUUAUGAAGGAUCUCUUUUGAAAGUCACCAGCAAAAAUGGAAAAACAGCAUCGCCUGUUGGUUUUGUUACAUUCCAUACACGCGCAGGCGCAGAAGCCGCCAAACAAGAUUUACAGCAGGGUGUACGCUUCGAUCCCGAUAUGCCCCAAACAAUACGCUUGGAAUUCGCCAAGAGUAACACGAAAGUGAGCAAACCCAAACCACAGCCCAAUACAGCGACAACAGCCUCACAUCCUGCAUUGAUGCACCCACUCACUGGACAUUUGGGCGGUCCCUUCUUUCCGGGCGGACCCGAGUUAUGGCAUCAUCCGUUAGCCUAUUCAGCGGCAGCCGCUGAACUACCGGGAGCUGCGGCCCUGCAGCAUGCCACACUGGUACAUCCGGCACUGCAUCCUCAAGUGCCAGUACGCUCUUAUCUUUGACUAAAUACAGAUAAAGUUAUGGAACAGCCUAUGCAUCAAACCCAAAUGACAAUGCCGCAACAUCAUCAAACAACCCAAGCUAUACAUCCUUCUAUGCAUAUGUCUGCUGCAGCAGCAGCUGCUGCCGCCGGUCUAGCACCAGGCAGUGCUGCCACCGGUCCCGGAGGUGGCGCCCCACCGUCCGGUGGCCCACACGCACAUCAUCCUUUUUUAUCAAGUCCCGCUCUAGCGAGCCCAGUUGGUUCUACAAAUAAUGCAACGCAUCCGAAUAAUCCACCUUUGGCUGCCAAUGCACCAUGUUCGACAUUGUUUGUAGCCAAUCUGGGCCAGUUUGUGUCCGAGCAUGAACUGAAAGAAGUUUUCUCUAGUAUGCCUGGCUUUUGUCGCCUACGAAUGCACACAAAAGGUAAUGGGGCAACUUUGUCAUCACCUUCCUCAUCAUUAUCCUCGGCGGCCUCAUCAGCCUCAUCGUCAUCGCCCUAUAUGUCCAAUGCAAAUCAUCCGGUGGCAUUUAUAGAGUUCAAAGAUGCCUCCAGUGCGGCCACAGCCAUGCAACAAUUGCAGGGCAAAUAUCUGCUAUCAUCGGACCGUGGCUCCAUACGCAUUGAGUUUGCCAAAAGCAAAAUGAUAAACGAUGGCUCCUCCAUGGUCCACAGCCACCAUCAUCACCAGCACCAGCAGCAUCACUACCAACAACAGCAGCAGCAGCAGUUGCUAAAUGGGGCCAAUAAAAUUUUAAAUAAUAUGAACGCCACAAUUAACGCGGCUGCUGCUGGUGCUGUUCCCCCACCUCCGGCUCCACCACCCACUAUGACUCUUAUCAAUCCGCCCAGCUCGGCCAUGUUGGCAGCCUCCCCAUCGAAUGCUGGUCCGCCCCAAUUGCUGAUAUUGAAUGGUUAUGCCAAUCCGGCUGGCUAUGGUCAGAUAAUGUUGCCACCACCCUCACCAGCCACAGCUGCAGGUCAAGCUAGUGUGGCAACCCCACAUCAAUAUCUGAAUUGUGUUACAGCAGCCAUGUCGGCGUCACCACUGGCACCGCAGCAACAUGCCACCGCAUCUCCCUUGGGCAUGACCGCUGUCUCCAUGGCAGCUGCUGCUGCAGCAGCAACGUUUAAUGGUCACAGCACCAUCAACAGCAACAACAACAACAACAACAACAAUACCAUUAAUAAUAACCAUACUAAUAGUACUACUGCAACUAAUACAAUUGUUAAUAGUAAUCGUUCAAGUGCACCACUACUACCACCACUACCACAACCACCACCAACACCAAUGCAACCACAGCCUACUACUGUCGUUGUAAAUUCACAACAGCACCAACUUCAUCCAAUACAGCACCAAAAUCAUCUUUUUAGAGACAGGAGCGGGUAUGGAAUCAAGGCAUGAUUUACUUAGUAAAAAAAUCGAACGUGAAAUGCAGCCCCAUCAGCAACAUGCCCAACACCAUCA